UGCUGGUACAAGGCAGUCAUGACAAAGAGCCUGCCUUGUGUAGGGUGAGAGGUCACAGCCUGCCUUCCAGCUGGGGAUGGCGGUGGGGGUGGGGUUAGAAUCAAGGAACCAAGAGACAAUGGGACAGCACUGCCCUUGGCUGGGCCCAGGCAGGCCAGGAAGAAGAGGUGGACCACAUGAACUGGGAAUCUCUUUGGCUGGAUCAGGUCUUAGUCUCCUCAAAGUCCCCACUCUGGACCCAGGCAGAGGAGGAAGCCUGCUGCCCCUCCUCUGAUGGGGAGGAUGCGGAAGUCAUGUACCACCCAAGAGGAUCAAAGCACCCAGCUUGGCAGGUUCUGAGCUCACAAAUCCAGCUCCGAGAGUAGACUUGGUGCACUACACCCUCUAGUCUCAUGCAGUCCCUAAAAUUAGGGUCCACAGAGUUUGGGGGUUAGCUAGAGCCCUUCUUCAUCAGGCUUCUCCCCACCUACCACUCAUCCAGGCGGGCAGGGCAGAUGUGGUGAGAGUUCACCCUUAACAGGACUAUGGAGGAAGCCAAAGGCACUUGCGAUUAUAGCAUUGCUGAUUGGGGGUGAUUAGACACCCCCAAAAUGUUACCCCGGCCUUUGCCUUGUGUCGUACAAGCUGUAUGACAUAUAGUAGGCACAUCACCUCUCUGAGCAUCACUUUUCUCCACCAGCCAACUGGGAAUACAGUACCCAUAACCUUGAUUUGUGAUAGGAGUUAAAUGGGUUGAUUUUUGCAAGACCCAAAGCGAAGGGCUGGGCACACAGCAAGCAUGUGUGUGGUGUCACUUUGGAAGCCAACACACAUUUUCAGUGUCCAGUAACCAGAUAACACAGCUGGUUAGCUGUUCCCAUAGCACCACAGGCCUGUUUCUGCCUGGAAUUUCUCCAUUAGACAUUCUAAUCUUGGCUUUUGUGAUUUCCUGGAGUCUUUUCAUCAAAAGUGAUUGGGAAUUUCAGAAUGUGGGUUGGAAGAAGAAGAAGAAGAAGAAGAAGAAGAAGAAGAAGAAGAAGAAGAAGAGGAAGAGGAAGAGGAAGAGGAAGAGGAAGAGGAAGAGGAAGAGGAAGAGGACAACGACGACACUGGCAAGGCAAGGUCUUGGGUUCAAUCCCCAGGACUGGAAGAGAAGAGAAGAGAAGAGAAGAGAAGAAAAGAGAAGAGAAGAGCCAGGGAUUUAGCUCAGCAGCAUAAGUGUCUGCCUUGCAAGCCAGGUAACCAGCCUCCAGACGCGGUAACGUCUCAGCCAUCAGAGUGACCUGCACCUCUGGGACCAUGUCCAGACGCCAGGUGAACCAUUCAAACAUUUGCAGACAUGCAGGUCAACCUACCUACGCAUCCUUCCCGCCCCGAGCUGCAGACUGGACCCAGGGCUGCAGCAGGGACCCAUUUAGCCGCACCUACAGGCACCCUUCAGAGCAGUCCUUGAACCCCAUUUUCCCCUGGGUGAGCCAGUCCUACAACUCCAAGUUUACAGAGAGCAGUCACCUGGAGAGAAGACCCAAGGUGGCCAGAAAUCCCACUGGUCACAGCAGCAGCCCCCGAUACCAGCUCUGUACAGACUGUCCUCCAGGUUCCUCCAACCCCACCUUCCUAGACCACAUCAUCAAAGGUAUCAACUACUUGGGCCGAUCGACCAGUGACUUCUACAACUGCCCCCAGACACUGAGCCUGCCCAGGCUUGCAGCCAACUAUCUGGAAGGAGUUGCCAGUGCCCUCUACCAGGACAACCUGCAACACUCACCCCACAGUUACUUUAGCCCCAGAACCAGCAUGGCCACCUCUGGAAGCUGCACCACCAGACCCUGUAUGGGUGGCACCCCUGGGGGUGCAGAUACUACACCGUUCCUGCCCCGCCCCGCCAGCGUGAGCAGGCAGCAUCUGUCUCAGAGCCAGAGCCUCACCUCUGUGCUGCCUCAAAGGUCGAGUACCAAGCUGCCCGAACUCCCUUUGUUUGGUAGCGGGUUCUUAAGUCACCUGCCCAAGGUCUGGGAGGCCAUCCACUCAGGAUGGAGUGCCCCAGAGGCCAAAUCUUCAGAGGGUUCACCCUCUAUCUGGUGGUGAUCUUGACACCACCUGUGCAAUGGGUAUAUGUUCAUCAGACCUUUGUUGAAGGAAAUAAAUUAUGGCAAA